AUGACGUCCAGUCAAGGCUUCGCUGAGUCACAAUCACCCAGACUUGGCUCCCCUGGUAAUAGAUCCACAUCAUCGUUCACUUUCCACACUCCAUUAAGCCGUACUGUUAACUGCAGCACCAAUGAGAACAACCCGAUUAAAGUAAUAUGUCGUGUUCGUCCGGAGAAUUCCUGGGAAGCAAGAAAAGGUCGUUCUAUCGUGGGGUUUCCUAAUAGCGAAACUAUUUCCAUUCAUGGGCGAGAUGUUACCAACACCUUCACAUUUGAUCGGGUAUUUGACCACAAUGCAAGUCAGUUGGACGUUUAUCAGUAUUCAAUUUCCGAAAUCGUGGAUGAUGUGUUUAAUGGAUAUAACGGUACCGUUCUAGCUUAUGGACAGACUGGUGCUGGUAAAUCCUAUACUAUGAUGGGAUCUCCUUUAGACUAUAAUGAAAAGGGGAUCAUACCUCGUAUUUCGGAGGAAAUAUUCUCCCGUAUUAACAAUGGUUCUCCUGAUAUUGAAUACACAGUUGCUGUUUCAUUCAUGGAGAUAUACAUGGAACAAAUUAAAGAUUUGAUUUGUAUUGCCCAUAAUGAUAAUCCUGAGUAUAAAUUUGAAAUCCACGAGGAUAAAACCAACGGGAUUUACGUUACUGGACUUUCGCAACAAUUUGCCAAUUCCGAAGAAGAUUUAUUAAGGAUAUUAGGUGAAGGUAUAAAAUAUCGAUCAACUUCAGCCACAAACAUGAAUCUGGAAAGUUCCAGAUCACAUACUAUAUUCGAAUUGAAAUUAACCCAAAAACACAUAGAAACCGAGGUAUCCAAAUACUCUAGGUUAUUUUUGGUUGAUUUAGCUGGGUCUGAAAAAGUGGACAAGACCGGGUCUCAAGGCCAGACUUUGCAAGAAGCAAAGAAGAUUAACUUGUCGUUAUCAGCGUUAGGAAACGUCAUUAAUUCAUUAACUGAUGGGAAAUCUACUCAUGUACCUUAUCGUGAUUCCAAAUUAACGAGAAUUUUGCAAGAAUCACUUGGAGGUAAUUCUCGAACUUCAUUAAUCAUCAACUGCUCUCCAUCGUCUUUGAAUGAAUUGGAAACAAUAUCGACUCUUCGAUUUGGAACCCGAGCCAAGUUCAUCAAGAAUGAAGCCCAUGUUAACACUGAAUUGAGCCCUGCAGCAUUAAAGAAUAAAGUCAACCAAUUGGAGAAGUUGAAUGAAAACAAUCAAGCUUACAUUAAGCAAUUGGAACAAGAAUUGGAUCACUGGAGAACAAAUGGCAAUGCACACGCUGCUGCUUCUACUUCUCCAAGUUCUCCUGGUACACAAAUGGUUGUUCGUAAGUCCUCUAUGCAUUCCAGAUUACCUGUAUUGUCACUUGCAUCUACCAUGCAGACUGCAGUUCCAAAUAAUGAUGAAGUGGAAAGAAGGGAUAGAAAGAUUGAAGAGUUGGAAAAUAUUAUCUUGAACUUGAAGGUUCAAAAUUUACGAUCAUCACACAACGAAGACUCCAAGAUGUUUGCUCUUGAGAAUUCCUUACACAAUAUAAGCAAUAAGUUGAAUGAAGUUGAAUUGAUUAAUAUCAACUUGCGCAAGCAUUUAUUGAUUAGUGAAAAGAUUAUUGAAUCCCGUGACAAAAAGAUUCAACGGUUGAAAAUGGCCUUGAAGGACCAACAAAUGCAAAUAUCUCGCGAGGCCCUCAGUUUCAGAAACCGACUUGGAGAAAUCCAGCUUCGCUUGGAAGAAUUGAAUAAACACAAGCAAGAAGAAUUGAGCGUUCAAAAAGACUUGUUGAUGGCUGAACGUGGCCGAAUGGCUACUGCGACACCUACUGCAUUUGCUAAUGAAACUCCAUUUACUAAUGACGACGUGGUUACUAUUUCCGAUGUUGAUCCUGAUCCUAGCUUGAUAGAUUCUGAUGAUGAAUCAAAUGAGUUGAGUGCCGAUGAAAGUAAAGAAACCAUUGGCGACAGUCCAGAACUGUAUGAGCAAGAGACCAUACUUGAUGAUAGCCACUCACGCUCAGGACGUGCUCUGAUUGGUGUUUCUUCUCGAGCAUCCACUACAAUAAGUAAGCUUUCCGACUAUGGGUUCUCGAUAUAUCUGUCGAAAAGACUCAAUUCACCCCGCAGUGAGAAAACAUCAAUUACUGAACUUGAAUCUGAUAUUAUUAACUACCAGCAUGAAUAUGUUUCCAUUGGUGAUUUUUUAAAAGAGAGCAGAAAGAAGUUUCUGCAAUACAACCCCAGUCUUAGAUCCAGUCUGACCAUAGGUGAAGACAAUGGUGGGGAUACUUCGCUGAUGGCAGAUAUGUUUGACGAAGGUCCCAAACAACCCAAGAAACACACUCAGGGGUUCAAUUUGAAGAUUGUCAAGCCGAUGAGGAGCGGUUCUUUGGGAAUUUGCUUAGGUGUAAAUUAG